AUGGACCUCGCAACAAACAAGACAUGGGCUGAAGUCCAGAUGACGCCCAAUCCCCUAACUACCAUGAGCACUGCCAUUACGCUGGUAGCUUGCUCAAUCGUAGCUCUGGUUGUGAGCAUCCGGUUAGUCCGGUUUCCGCAACCAACCAGCGAGCCACUAGAAAUCUCGCAACUACACAUCUAUCCUAUCAAAGGGCUAAGGGGAUGCGCACUCCAGCGAGCACAUGUGGGCAAAUACGGCCUGGUCGGCGAUCGGACUUUUUCCUUGCAAAAAGUCCUCCGUGACGAGAAUGACCCGGCGAAGAAAACAUAUGAAACGAUGUUUAUAGGCUACUACCUCCAAAUGGCGCUGUUUCAAAGUUCGGUUAACCUAGGUGGAAGAGAAGAAAACGCAACCAAAGGAGAAGUGGUGGUAAAAUGGCAUGGCCGAGGAACGGAGCACGGCAAAUCAGUCAACGAAGCAAACAUCACCACCACCGACGAAAUCCGAUUCGCACUAUCUCCAAGUACGGAAGGGCGGAAAGUUAUUGAAACAACCCUUCACGCAAGCCGGGCCAAGGCUUAUGACAUGGGCGACGAAUUAGCGGCCUGGUUCUCGGCUCGUCUCGGGUUCGAGGCGAGACUCGUCUACAUCGGAGACGGCUCACGACCAGUCCUAGGGUCUAUGGCACCAAACAGCAGAGCAGGCUUGAGAAAGGCCAGACUUGCUCAGCGUUUGAGGUCCUUUGUCCCCUUUUUUAGAUUUCCCGAGGAGCGUCUAGUCUUCAACGACCUCGCGCACUACCUUGUCGUAACGGAAGAAUCCACCGCGGAGGUUUCCUCCCGCCUCGAUGGCGACCUCACCAUGGAUGUUUGCAAGUUCCGUCCGAAUGUCGUCGUCAAAGGCGCAAGCGGCCCGUUCGUAGAGGACUUUUGGGGCGAGUUGACAUUCGACGGCGGUGUCCAGAUGCCUCUGACGGCCAAUUGCUAUCGCUGCCAAAGCAUCACCGUUGACUAUGAAACUGGCAAGACGUCGACUGAUGACCGUGGCUUGGUAUGGAAGAAGCUAAAUAAGGACCGCCGAGUUGACAAGGGCGCCAAAUAUAGUCCUGUCUUUGGACGUUACGGGUACUGCUUUGGGUCGGCUGUAGGCGAGACAUUGAGCGUGGGCCAAAGAGCGCGAAUCUCUCACAUCAACCCCACCAGAACGACAUUCGAUUGGCCGCAUCUUACAACGUUCGGUGUAAGUCAGAAGAAGAAAUAG